AUGCCGCCAGUAGGCCACCCGCUCCGUGCGCGUGCGAUUGGGCUGUAUAAGGACCUGCAUCGCCUUGGACGCGGCUACCCCGAUCCAGAUUUUAGCUUCAUCCCGAAAUUGCGUGCUAUGUUCCGCAAAAAUGCACACCUGACAGACUCGGCAGAGAUCGAAAGCAAGCUUGCGCUCGCCGAGUUUGUGCGCAAAGGUACGCACACAGUCCCGCUUAUGACAGAAACCGAGAGUAUGCGACGUCGUUGGGCUGACCAAAGCACUGUAUAUGUUGAAAAAGUAUCGUACGCUACGAAAUAG